GUUACCUCCCCGAGCCGCCGCCGCUGGGCUCAGCGCGAGCCCCAGAGCCCUUGAGCGGGAGACGCGGAGCCCCCGGAGCCCCCAAACCACAGCCACCUCCCCGCCUCGCGCGACCGGGAGCCCCGGCCUGCGCGCUCCGCCGGGCCUGUGCGAUGCCCUCAGACCGGCCUUUCAAGCAGCGGCGGAGCUUCGCCGACCGCCGUAAGGAGGUGCAGCAGAUCCGCGACCAGCACCCUAGCAAGAUCCCGGUGAUCAUCGAGCGCUACAAGGGUGAGAAGCAGCUGCCAGUCCUGGACAAGACCAAGUUCCUGGUCCCAGACCAUGUCAACAUGAGCGAGUUGGUCAAGAUCAUCCGGCGCCGCCUGCAGCUGAACCCCACGCAGGCCUUCUUCCUGCUGGUGAACCAGCACAGCAUGGUGAGCGUGUCCACGCCCAUCGCGGACAUCUAUGAGCAGGAGAAGGAUGAGGAUGGCUUCCUCUACAUGGUCUACGCCUCCCAGGAAACCUUCGGCUUCUGAGCCAGCAGUAGGGGGUGUUGGCUGGGAGUCGGGGGCCCUGUCAGGCUCUGCCCAGGGAGCUCCUGGCACUGGAACUAAGCUGUCUCUGCCCCUGCCCCUGGUGGGUUGGACAGGGAUGCUGCCACCCAGCCAGAGGGCACCUAUCACCCCUACUCUGCCCCUGGAUGGAUUCUGGCCCAGUCAUAUUAGGGUUGCCCCUCCGGGUGCUGGCUGGGAGGGGGAAGAGUGGGAAGCAGCCCCCAGCACCCCUGCCCUGUGUGGUUUGUCUUUUUUUUAGACCCCUGCCUGUCUGCCCACCUGUCCCUCCCCAACCUGAGGCGCUGCCCAUGCCUGGAUCUGCCCACCCCUGAAGGACUGGGUCCUGGCUCACCUGGUCUUGACAUGGUGUAUGGCUCUGUGGUCAUUGUCCCUUUGCAGAAUAAAGAUUGCUCAGGCCUGCCUG